UCUAUGCGUUAUGGUUGCGGCGGUGUCCUCAGUGAUGGUGUCUGUACAGCCUGGAAGAUACCUCACUGGCUGUAUAAAGUGUAUUAACCCGAAAGAUAUCCUGAAUCUGUACAGCGAGUGCGGAAUAGGAAUAGUUACUCUCUUGACGUUUAACUGUAAUUCUAACUCUAUAACAUUUUCUGCACCUGGAGUCCUCUUCAACCCGAGAACAUGCUGCAUGAUUCUGCUAGGAGAUCAGAAGAAUAAAUACUGUGUGUAUAAGACCGGUCAUGCCGACCCUAACAUUCAAGAUGUCCCUACAGAUUUCAAAGUUCUAGAUCGGGUUCUCCUCUUCAACAUCACCAUGAACCACAGCUUGCUGGGUCUGGACAUUGCUGUGAGGGUUCACUACUCUGUGGGUGCUGUGACCUGGGUGGGGGCCGAGGAGCCUCUCCCCAAUGGAUGCCGCCUGAUGGAUGACAAUAGGACGCUGAUUAUCUCCAAUAUGAAGAGAGACGGUGCCGAGAGGAGGUUCCAGGUCAGGAUCACAAUCCCGGUCAUUGAGGACACCUGGCACUGCCAGCUGGCGAUCAGAGUUUCAGAUCCGGUUCUCCUCUUCAACAUCACCUGUAACAGCAGCCGGCUGGGCGAGGACAUGGAUAUGAAUGUCCUCUUGUCUGAGGAAGAUAAAAAUGUGACCUGGGAGCCUCUCCCCAAAGAAAAUCGGUCGAUGGAUGACAAUGGGACGCUGAGAGAUGACGCCAAGAGAAGAUUCGGGGUUGAGAUCACGAUCCCGAUUCCUAAAGAGAAUAGAGAAAAUGAAGGCACCUCUGUCGGCAUCAUUGUCGGCAUCAUUGUCGGCAUCGUUGUCGGUAUUUUUGCUGUCGUCGCCCUAGUAGUGAUGGUGAUAGUGGGGAUUAUCUGCAUGAAACGUCGGAAACGUUCAAGAAAUCGGAUCCCAGAAACUGCAACUCAAGAUGAUGUGCUGUAUAGAUCUUUGCCCACCGUACCACCCCAGGAUGGAUCCGUGCCCACUGUCGCAGAGAAUAAUGAAUUUGUCGCUAUAGUACCCAACGGGUCAGCGCCUGCUGUUGCCCUGGGUAAUGGGUCAGCGCCUGCUGUUGCCCUGGGUAACGGGUCAGCGCCUGCUGUUGCCCUGGGUAAUGGGUCAGCGCCUGCUGUUGCCCUGGGUAACGGGUCAGCGCCUGCUGUUGCCCAGGCUAACGGGUCAGCGCCUGCUGUUGCCCAGGCUAACGGGUCGGUACCCACUGUCGCACCCAAAAUGGAUCUAAAAAAACAUUAUUCAGACUGGAGUUGCUGUCGGUCACAAAUCUAUGCAUGAGGCAGACUGCCCUGUAGCCAACAGAUCAUGCGAUUCAGUCACUGGAAGGAUCGGGAGAUCGAUAUCUUGCACUGUGUACAAUGUGAAGCUUUAUACUAAUGGUUGUCAACUUGAACUAAAAAACUCAUCUGUGUUCCUAACACUUCCAGAGGGCUGCACCGUAGCAGCACAUUUUCAUGCAUUGAGGUGCAUUACAUCAAAUUGGCAGCUAGAACCCACCUCCGUGCCCCAAAAACGUUUGGUUCUGCUGCAUUUUUUUAUUUAUUUUUUUGCAAUGUAUCGCAAUUUACACUGAUGAAGUUGGGAGUACAAUACUCCGGCAUUGGUGUCAGUGUGUGCAAUAAUGACCUCAGUCAGUGAAUGCAAUGGCUCCCAGCAUUGGUGUCGGUGGAUGCAAUAACCGUCCCCUCCUCCUCCCAUGCCAAGACAUUCUGCAUUUCAUUGAGAUGGAAAGGCCCACACCCCCCUUUCUAUCUAAUUGUGGCUCCAUAAGGUGGAAGACGUAAACUCAUUGGAAGACCCGGUGCUUUUUGCCCAGAAUAGACGGGGGCGAUGCUCUUAAGACGGGUCCACUGGAAUGUGUGUGUUCUGUGAAGUACAAGACUUUUUGUUUUUAUAACGGGUUCUGGAAACUGACUUUCCUUUUUUUAUUUUUUUAAUAAUUUUUUUUUCUUUUC